AGCAGGAAGGCGGGCGGGCGGGCCGGCAGACAAGUAAAGGCACAUGGGAGGGAGAGACACUGGGGCCGGGACUCCAGGACGCUGAGCUGCGCGCUGCCGGCCGUGCCGCUCUCUCCGAGUCCCGGUCCCCGCUCCCCAUCCCAGUCCCCGGCCCCGUCCCUCUCCCCACUCCCCACCCCCACUGCGGGCUCUUCCUCGGGGGCUCGGGACCGGCUUUCGUUUCCCCCUCCUCCUAACCUCCCCCGCGGGCUCCCCCCCCCCCCGGGCCGGUUGGGUUCUGCUCUGAGGCCAGUCAGGCAAAUUAUCCCGGGCGCCCCCUCCUCGUCUGCAGGGAGCCGCCCUCGCCCCCGCCCCCGUCACCCCCCCUGCCCCGCCCCCGGGCCAGUUGACUGCUCGGUAGCCGGGGCGGGCUGGGCUCAGGAUGCCGCGGGCAGGCUCACCAUGGUGGUAGGGCGCGCCCAGCGCCCGCCUGUGCCGGUCCCCGUCGCCGCCUCCGUCGCCGUCCUGUUGCCGAGCGCGGGGCUCCGGGCUGCCGCUGCCUAGCCCAAGCCCGAGCCUCGCUCCGCACCUCGGGGCGCUCCCCCCUUCCCCCGCCCCAGCCCGGCCUCCCUCCCCCGCCCCAGCUGUUUAUGGCUCAGUCUAUCUUCCUGGAUCAUGCACAGAAACUUUCGCAAGUGGAUUUUCUACGUGUUUCUCUGCUUUGGCGUCCUCUACGUGAAGCUGGGAGCUCUGUCGUCUGUGGUGGCUUUGGGAGCCAAUAUCAUCUGCAACAAGAUCCCUGGCCUGGCCCCCCGACAACGAGCCAUCUGUCAGAGUCGCCCCGACGCCAUCAUCGUGAUCGGAGAAGGGGCACAGAUGGGGAUCAACGAGUGCCAAUACCAGUUCCGCUACGGCCGAUGGAACUGCUCCGCGCUCGGCGAGAAGACCGUCUUUGGGCAAGAGCUUCGAGUGGGGAGCCGGGAAGCUGCCUUCACUUACGCCAUCACGGCUGCCGGCGUUGCCCACGCCGUCACCGCGGCCUGCAGCCAGGGCAACCUGAGCAACUGUGGCUGUGACAGAGAGAAGCAGGGCUACUACAACCAGGAGGAGGGCUGGAAGUGGGGAGGCUGCUCGGCCGACGUCCGCUACGGCAUCGAGUUCUCCAGGCGCUUCGUCGAUGCCCGCGAGAUCAAGAAGAACGCCAGGCGGCUCAUGAACCUGCACAACAAUGAAGCUGGGAGAAAGGUCCUGGAGGAAAGGAUGAAGCUGGAAUGCAAGUGCCACGGGGUGUCGGGCUCGUGCACCACCAAGACGUGCUGGACCACGCUGCCCAAGUUCCGGGAGGUGGGCCACCUGCUCAAGGAGAAGUACAACGCGGCCGUGCAGGUGGAGGUGGUGCGCGCCAGCCGCCUGCGCCAGCCCACCUUCCUCAAGGUCAAGCAGCUGCGCAGCUACCAGAAGCCGCUGGACACGGACCUGGUCUACAUCGAGAAGUCCCCCAACUACUGCGAGGAGGACGCCGCCACGGGCAGCGUGGGCACCCAGGGCCGCCUGUGCAACCGCACGUCGCCCGGCGCCGACGGCUGCGACACCAUGUGCUGCGGCCGCGGCUACAACACGCACCAGUACACCAAGGUCUGGCAGUGCAACUGCAAGUUCCACUGGUGCUGCUUCGUCAAGUGCAACACGUGCAGCGAGCGGACCGAGGUGUUCACCUGCAAGUAGGCCGGCGGCGAGCGAGCGCCUCCCUCCGCCCGCCCCCCCGGGCCCGGCUGCGGCCCGCUCCGGCUGCCCU